CAAGGAUGGCCUGUGAGGAUGGCUUUUGCGCGCAUGCGACUAUUGAAUAAACAAUAAUUAUAAUUUUGGCAUUAAUAUGUAAUUUUAUUAAUGACGUCAUAAGAUUGUUGUGUAUUGUGCAAUUUGUGUUAUUAUGGAGUAAAUAUUAUGAAGAAAGCAAUAAUGUCUAAUGUAAUGUAAUAAUGUGGAAUUAUUAAUUUAUUUAUUAAAUUAUUAUUACGAAGUCAUCACAAUGUUGCAAGUAAGGGUAAAUAAGUUAGAUGAUAAUUCAUAUAGCUUGCUGCGGAAAAAGGGCUUGUCGAUACAAUGUGAAUUCUGUGAUAAAACAUUCAAUAAUAGGUAUGCCAGCAUAAUCCACAACACGUACCACAUAGUCAUACCUCUCAUAAAGCAAGAACUACACCAAUGUCCAGAAUGUCUCUUUUACUUUCAAUCCAUCGACGAACUAAACGACCACAAAAAAGACAAACACACAGAAAAUAUAUUUAACAUACAGUCUAUUAAAAUAGAACCAGAACCAGAAUAUCGAGAUAUAUUUCUGCCGUUUAGUUUUAAAAUCAAGUCGUGUAUAGACGGACUUAAGCCUAAAUAUGAAGAAGAUGAAUAUAUAUUGCCCGAUGUGUGCAGAGUGCCGAUACAAACUAGUCCUUUACUAUGUGAUACACAGUUACAAGUUGUCGAACCUCCGAGUUUAUCAAUACAUUACGAUCAGCUCAUACAGCCUGGGUUGUAUAGGUGUAAAUAUUGUAGAGAGCAAUUUGUUACCAAAUUCCAGUCAAUAGAACACGAAGCAACACACAUGAGGUUCAAAAAAGGCCGGCCAUUGCUAUGUACGAUUUGCGAUAUGUACAUAGCGGGAAACCAUUGGCAACUAACAAAACACGUUGAGCAGAAACAUCCGCACCGCACGAACAGGCCACGCUUAAAAACAACUUGCAAAAUGUGCGGCCUAAAAUAUCACAAAUAUAUACGACAUCUCAUCAAUUAUCAUCCAAACGUAGUCAUAAACGACAAAAGCUUUGCCGCCGAAACGCAAGAUGUCAACCUGCCAAAUGGCAGACAGCUGUCAAAGUCAGUUUUUAACAUAUGUCAAACGUGCAUGCCUUUUUUGAAAAAGAAAAUUAAUUUGAAAUACGUCAUCGUUGGGAGCCUUCAUGAAAUGGGUGUGAGGCAUAAGUGCGCGAAGUGUAAGCGAAUGUUUUUCGAAAUUACUUUGGUUCAAAGAAUCAAAAGGGGCAAGAAGGCAGUCGAUAAACUCAGUUUUGAAGAUGAUGUCCCGAAAAAGAAGCCGAUUUCGAAUGAAGAGAGGUUGCGGAAUAUUCAAAUGCGAUUGAAAAUGAUUAAUAAAUUGAGUAAAUUUUGAUUGUUUGCAGUUUUA